AUGGCGCCGUUGCAUUGCGCUGCGCGUGAUGGUCAUGAGGCCACGGCACGAGCGUUGCUGCAACGGGCGCCGGACGGAUUUUCGCUGUUGCAGAUGCCACAGAAGAGCAGCUCUGCAUUGAGGCCCCUCCACUGGGCGGCGAAGCAGGGUCACGUGGAAGUGGUGAAAUGCUUCUUGGAGUUUGCACCAAAGCCUGCCGUCAUUUGUGUCGAAGCCGAUAGCGCCGGCAACAGCGCCUUGCACUUUGCCGCCGCGGGCGGUCAUACGGUGACGUGUCAUACUCUUCUAAGCCACGCAGGGCCUUCCAACGAACUGUCGGAUCGCGGCAUUUUGCUCCUGAGUGCUGUGAACCGCUUUGAUCGACAAACGGCUCUUCAUAUUGCUGCAGAUCGAGGUGAGAAGGAAGUGGUUGAUACUCUGCUCCAGGCUGCCCCAGACAGAUCUGCCUUACUUGGCAUGUCCGACAAGUUGGGUCAAACGGCCUUGCACUUGGCCUGCGAACGUGGCCACGGGGCCGUAGUGCGAAAGCUGCUGCACUCAACAUGCGAUUCCCACCUGGUGUCGGCCAGAGAACGGAUCACAGGGCAGACGGCGCUGCAUAUGGCAGCGGAAGCUGGUCACAAUGAAGCAGCACCUUGGGCGACGCUGGUGAAACUGGAUGUGCGCGCCAUCCUGGAAGCCUCGCCCUUGCGCGAGACGUCUCUGGCCACGGAUCGGGGCGCACGGAACACGGCGCUGCAUCUGGCGGCCGAGCGGGGCCACCUGGAGACUGUGAAGACUCUGGUGGAGCAUUGUCCAGAUACAGAGAGCUUGUUGAUGGCGCAAGAGAAAUUUGCGGGACAAACUGCGCUCCAUUUGGCCGCUGGGGCGGGACAUGCGGAGCUGUGCAAGGUCUUGUUGGAGCCGGGGACCUCGGGUGAAACACCCAGCGCACAACGUGGUGGGCAACGGCAACGCAGGUUACAGCUGGCCUGUGAGAAGGGCCAUGCCGAUGUGAUCGAGAUCCUGUUGGGCACUGAGAUGGAAGCGAAAUGGGAUGACACGAGUUUGGCGCCCGACAAGCGAGCCUUGCUCAGCUCAAAGGCUGCGGUAGGGAGGAAAGGGGUGGAAAGGAUGAACGAGGCCGAACUGCCGGUGAUCUCGCAUUGGAAAGAGGUGCAGCGCAGUGGUUUUUGUGUGGGGGCCACUGCGGAGCCGAAUCCUAUGAGCCAAUUUCUGCAUUUGAACAUGUUGGAGGCGUUAGGACGCCUGGCCGAUGGCAUCUAUCGCUUGAAGGGCUACAACGAGCUGAACCAUGCGGCGUUGUACAAGAUCCUUCGCAAGUGGGACAAAGUUCUGAUGCGCAACGAUGGAGUGUCGCAAAUCUAUCCGCAGAUCAUUGAGGGCACUCGCAUCGGGGACAUGUCGGCCCUCGAAGCGCUGGACGCCAACGUGAAGGAGGCCUUUUCGCAGCGCUCUCCAGCGCCCAAUCAGGAUAUCUCGCCGGAGGUGGCCCUUCUUGCUGCUGGUCUUGGCAGACGCUCAGCUGGUUUGCAGGGCCGAGCACUUCAAGCGGAGCGUUUUCUCUUCUUCUUCUUGGGGUCUUCCUCUGCCCUGGUCGUGUCCAUCAUUGCCUUGAUUUGCUUACCCGAGAAGGACCCACAAACCUUCUCUAAGAAUUACUUUCUUUGCAGCUUCCCAGUGUUUCGAGUAUGUUUGAGCGCCGUUUUGGUGAUUCUGGGUAUGGCCUGUGUGGCCCGUGUUUGUGAGGACAACUUCAUCAAUCACUUUUUCAUUUUGGGCAUUGAUCCACGAUGCAGAGUCAGCCCCAACUUUCUCUUCACGUGGGCCAUGCUUCUAAGCUCCGCCUGGAUUUUCAUUUUUGGCUUUUAUGUGGUGGACUACAAAUGGAUGGUCCUGCCCCUUGUUUGGGCUUCCUCAACGCGCCUGGAACGUGCCUCCUGGCACUACGUGUUGUACCCCACCGUGCUGCUAGGUUUGACGGUGGCGUUGCUCCUGAGGCCCUCCUACAUUUGCAGAUGCAAAUGGAAGUUGCAGCUACUUCGUGGCAUCGGAAGGACUUGCCUAGCGCCCUUCUACUUUGUGAACUUCGGAGACAACAUGGUGGGUGAUGUGCUGACCAGCUUGGCUCGCCCAUUACGCGAUGUGCCAGCAGCCUUCUGCUAUCUCAGUUCUCACCACCCGCAGCUUCGCUCCUCGAUGGAACGAUUCGUGAACAGCGGCAACACCUGUCCUGCCUGGGAACAUUUGAUCGUUUCUCCACUGAUCGCAGCGUUGCCCUUUUGGUUUCGGCUACUUCAAUGCGCUCGGCGUUUCUAUGAUACCGGUCAAAAGCGACAUUUGCUGAACCUGGGGAAGUAUGCCUCCAGUCUCAUGGUGGUUGUUGUGAGUUCUCCGGGCUGGCCGAUUUGGACGGUUGUCCUUGCCUCGGCCAUUGCCACCGUUUACGCGGCCUGGUGGGACGUCUGCAUGGAUUGGGGCCUGACCUACACGGAGCUCUGCUUUCUGACACGCAGCGGUGGUGGCUCCAGAUAUGUCAGCCCCAUGCAUAGCCCAGCUGGACCUGGUUUCCCGAAUUCGCCGGCGCAAUCCUUUCACUCCGUGACCCUGCGCUCGCAGCCUGGUGGCCACGCGUCACGGCCAUCCGUGGGGCAGUACACUCGCCAUUUCUCGGCGCGCAUCUACUGCCUGGCUGUGCUGGGCGAUAUCGUGCUACGCUGCACCUGGGUCAUCACCUUGAUGCCCAUCACGUUGCUGGGGAAGGGCGUGGUCUGGCGGGAGAUUUUGCACGUCUUCAUGACGGUGGCCGAGAUCUUCCGCCGCAGCUUCUGGGCGAUUCUGCGCAUCGAAUAUGAACAGGUGGCGAACGCCAGUGGAUACCGUGCGUUGUUGUGGGUGCCAAUGAAGGUGGGGCAAAAGGUUGGAGGAGAUGCGAGUGCUCACGGCUUUCGCCAGAGCCUCCUACCCGGCUGA